AUGCGCAAAGGAAUGGCUCCUCUCCGGCGGCAAAGGACAGGAGUACAACACGUUUUCUAUGUUUGUCUCUCCAUUUCAGUUGCCUUUUCUUACAACAUAGACCUAGAACAUCCUUUGGUGUUCCGUGGACCAAACUCUAGUUUCUUUGGCUACUCGGUGCUAGAGCAUUAUCAUGACAACACACGCUGGGUGAUAGUAGGAGCUCCCAGGGCGAACUCUACCUACAGUAGCUCUGUGCACUCUCCUGGAACUGUGUACAAGUGUCGAGUUCACAACAACCCAGAGCGCCGCUGCACAGAGAUGGACCUGGGAAGAGGAAACAGGCCGAGAGAAUCAUGUGGGAAGACGUGCCAGGGAGACAGGAACGAUGAAUGGAUGGGAGUCAGCCUGGCCCGACAAGACAAAGCCAACGGCAAUAUACUGGCUUGCGCUCACCGCUGGAAAAACGUGUACUACGACUCGGAGCACAUCCUUCCGCAUGGAUACUGCUCCAUCAUACCUCCAACACUUCAGGGCAGGGCCAAACCACUCAUCCCAUGUUAUGAAGACUAUAAGCAAAAGUAUGGAGAAGAGCACGGAUCGUGCCAAGCCGGGAUAGCGGGAGUUUUCACAGAGGAGCUUGUGGUCAUGGGGGCACCAGGCUCAUACUACUGGACUGGGACAAUCAAGGUGUACAACCUGACCUCAGACUCUUUCUAUGGCCCCAACAAAGACGACAUUGAUUCCCACAGAUACAGCUACCUUGGCUACGCUGUGACAGCGGGACACUUCUCCUCUCCUAAUGUAAUAGACAUAGCUGCAGGGGCCCCUCAGCACAGUGGCAGUGGAAAAGUUUACAUUUUCAAAAUCGACGGAGUGUCUUUGGUGAAGAGUUUUCAAGCCUCUGGGAAAAUGAUGGGCUCUUACUUUGGCUCCUCAUUGUGUGCAGUUGAUCUGAACAAGGACGGUCUGUCGGACCUGCUGGUGGGAGCGCCCAUGCACAGCCAGCUGCGGGACGAGGGCCAGGUGUCAGUGUUCCUCAGCAAGGGCAACGGGGUGAUGGAGGAGGCCGGCAUUUUGACUGGUGACAAUGCCUUUAACGCUCACUUUGGAGAAUGCAUUAGUGCAAUUGGAGACAUAGAUGACGAUGGUUAUCAAGAUGUAGCCAUUGGAGCACCCAAAGAGGAUGACUAUGGAGGAGCUGUUUAUAUCUACCACGGCGAUGCCACGGGAAUCAUUAGCAAGUACUCUAUGAAACUGUCCGGGCGUAGGAUAGGCCCUGGUCUGCAGAUGUUUGGCCAGUCAAUCUCUGGCAACGUGGACAUGGACAGCAAUGGAUAUGCAGAUGUUACAAUAGGAGCGUUCAUGGCAGACAGCGUUGUGUUACUGAGGUCCCGCCCUGUCAUAACGGUGGAUGCCUCCAUCUUACUCCCGGCCUCCAUCAACAUCUCAGUGCCUCAGUGCCACGAGGGCCACCAGAACCUGAACUGUUUCAACGUCACCGUCUGCAUGCGUUUCCAGGGGAGACAGCUGCCUGGGCAUAUAGAGCUGCUGUACAACCUGACAGCUGAUGCUGAUAAACGGCAGAAGAGCCAGCCCGGGCGGGUUUACUUCAUGAACGGUGGAUCUCAGAUCAGCCAGAUGAGCCAACAGCUUAGCCUGGACAUCGACAGGGAGGAGUGCCAGCUCUACACUGUUUACGUAAAGAAAGACGUAAAGGACGUGUUCGCUGCCAUCACCUUCGAAGUGACGUACAGCCUGGGGAAGCAUGUGGUGGACGGACACCAGGAGAAUGGCCUGCCCUCGCUCACUCCAGUGCUGCGAUGGAGGAAAGGAAACAAGAUUGCAGAAAGGAAUGAGACUUGGUUUGAGAAGAACUGCCUGUCAGACGACUGCGCUGCAGACCUGAGGCUCCAUGGCAAGCUGUUGCUUUCUGGGUUGUACAGCCGGCACCAUUUGGCCCUGGGGGGAAUUAGAAACGUCUCUCUGAACCUGACCAUCUCCAACAGUGGGGACGACGCCUACGACACCAACAUCUACUUCAACUUCUCCACAGAGGUUUUCUACAUCAACUUUUGGCAGAAGGAAGACAAGGGUAUUUCCUGUGAACUUGUGGAGUUGGACUUCCUAAAAUGCAGUGUGGGAUUUCCCUUCAUGAGAGCUCAGACUAAGUAUCAUUUUGCAGUCAUUUUUGACACCACUCGUCUGUCUGGGGAAAAUGACACUCUACAGUUCUUAGUGCAAGCAAAAAGUGCCAAUCCUGAACACACUCUCUCUGACAACACUUUGGAUCUGUCCAUCCCUCUGGUUCAUGAGACUGACACAACCAUUACUGGCGUGGUGACACCGACGUCCUUUGUGUAUGGAAAUUCCAUUGAUGCCUCACGUUUUGUCCAACUCGAGGACAUGGAAUGUAACUUCCAGCCCCUGAAUCUCACCUUCCAGGCCAUAAACAAGGGUCCCAGCAGGCUGCCUGGAUCCACAGUGGAUAUCAGGAUACCCAACCGCCUGGCUGGCAACGGCGCUGACAUGUUCCACAUCAUUGAAACACAGGUGGUUGAUGGACGAGGAAACUGCACGCCUCACAAGAACCCCACACCGUGCACUAUUCCCCAGGACAGAGAGAGUAUCUUCCACUCCAUAUUUGCCUUCUUCACCAAAUCAGGACGAAAAGUCUUGGACUGCGACCGGCCUGGGAGAGCCUGUAUGACAAUCUCCUGCAGCCUGGGCCCACAGCUGAAAGAUGAAGCUUUAAGCAUCGAUAUAAAACUCCUGCUCAACACUGAAAUCCUAAAGAGGGAUAGUUCCUCAGUCAUCCAGUUUGUGACAAGGGGCAGCGUGCACGUAAAUGACAAGGCAGUGGAGGUGCCAAAUGGCCUCCCAGAGGACAUUACUCUGGUGUUCGAGGCUCUGCACAGUCAGGAGCCCAGAGGUUACGUCGUGGGCUGGAUCAUUGCCAUCAGUCUGCUGGUGGGAAUCCUCAUCUUUCUGCUGUUAGCUGUGCUACUAUGGAAGAUGGGCUUCUUCCGUCGGCGCUACAGGGAGAUCAUCGAAGCAGAAAAGAACAGGAAGGACAGUGAUGAAAGCUGGGACUGGAUGGAAAAGAAUCAUUGAGACUUGCUGCGGGGGGGGGGGAUCCCAGAGGAGCCAACGAGAUGGGUAACAAGUGGGUCUCUCAGGAUCCGAUAGCACGAGGUGCCGCCGCCUGGACGCCCCAGUGGCACCAGGGCCUUCAGUCUUCCAUAUGUGGAAGAAAAAGAAUAUUCUCCAUAUUUAUUGGAGACCAGAUAUUUUUAGUGUGGGUGGGAUAGGAUGGGGGUGGGGCCAAGGAAACAGGUUUUUGAGGUGACAGUGUGGCUUGCCAGAAGACACUCACUGUGGAGUUCAGCUAAUCUCAAAGGAGGGAACUUCCAUCAGGCAGAGCUUGGCUGUCGAUGGAGACUCACAUCCGGGAGGAGACGAGGAUAUGGCGUGAAUACUGACCGCCGGACAAGGAAACCCUCAGGGCUGUGUGACAUAGUAGAUUUAUUUUUAUACAUACACUUUAAGCCAUAUUGUUUAGAAGUGGGCUUUAAAGAAGAGCUGAGGUAGUGAAGGCCAUUAAGAACAUACGUAGAGUAUGUUUACCUAAAAGCACUGAUGUCUGAUAAGAAUGACUGGCUCCGCUCCUUAGUGCGACGUUGACUGCCAAAGAGUUGACGAGUAGUAAUUUUGAUUGGAGUGAAAGAUAAGUACUUUCUCUGUAUUUCCUUGCCUGUGCAUAGCUCUUUACUCAUUUGACAAUUAGUCUGAGACGUUUCACAACCAUGAACACCCUGUGUCCUGGUGUCAUCACCCCAGAGAUCCUGACGUCCCCGUUCAGGAAACAGUGGUCGUCACUGCCGUUAAGAUGUUAACACUUCAUUUCCCAGAUUUCCUCCACUGACUGUGUCUAAUAGGUAAUGCAUGGGUUGUAAAUUAGAGCAGAAAAUGUUCCAUUUAGCAUUUCAGGCUUUACACAUUUUCACAAGCAUUCCAUUGGUCCUGGUCUCUGGUGCUUGAAGAAGAGAUUUUGACUGGUUUACAUUUGACACCCUUACACUGAGCGACGCUUUGAUGCUUUCAUUGAUGCUUUUGCCCGGCAGGAAGUGAACUGAUGCUGCUUUUGCUGUGUGUGAUUGUUUAAGGUUCACGCCCGGAUCUUUAGAUGGACAUUUAAAUUAAGGGAAUGAGUUUUAUAGGAAAUGAUUCAUUAUAGACCGAGACAUAGGAUUGUGAUUUUGCCUUUUUUCUUAGUUUUUUUUUUUGUUUUGUUUUGUUUUUUUGGGAAGCCCUUCAGACUUAUAUGGGGGGUUUGGCCUUAAAAUCAUCCCAGGAAAACUCCCAGGAAAACACUUUCUUGGAGUCUAUNUAUAUAUAUAUAUAUAUAUAUGCACACGUACUGUAUAUAAAACAAAAUACUGAGGUCCAAAUUUUCUUGGGGGUGAUGUUCUGUGGGGUUUUCAGAAAUACUUGUUCCCAAGAAAAAACAACUUUGGGGUUUAUUUUUCGAAUCAUUGUUCAGUUUUAAUCUUACUUUAAUGUGAAAUAUGAGCUUCAAUACUCCCCACAUCAGAUGGAAAUGUGGGCCGAGAGUCCAGCUACAGUCAUUUACAUGGGACGAUGUGAUGUGUGUAAUGCCCCCCAAAAUAAAAGGGAAUGUUCUACAGUCAAUCAUGACCCUUAGACGCGCUCUUAAGGGCUCAAGGGAAAAGCUCAUUUUAAGUCAACAUGAAGGAAUGUAAGUGCCCUCGGUCUCUGCCCACAACUAAAGUCCACGGCUCAUCAGUGCUCAUGUUUAACAUGUCUAUGAAAUGCUGGGUUUCAAUGUUUGGAAUUUUUGCAGAAUUCAUAUAUAUAUUCAUAUAUGUUUUUGUUGUUUUCCCCAAACUAGAGAUUAAAAAUACUUAAACAGCUGCAGAUCUGCAAAACUUAAUUGUAUUUCACUCUCCUGUUGGCAUCAAACUAAAAUAUUCAGCGCGAGUAUGAUCAUAAAAUUUUAGGGACCUGUCAUAAUCCUCAGACUAAUCUCUUCUCUUGAAAACCUUGAAACCUUCUUUGAAACUAGUUAGAAGUCAAAUAAUCUCCAACAACUUCAUAAUAUUUCAGACACUUCCCUGAUUCAAAAUUCUAAAAUUCUUCUGACUAUUUCUACCUAUUUGGCUAAUUCUAAGACAAAUGAAGAGAUUUGGAUGGUGAUUUUUGACAACAAACAAAAUGUAUAUUUAUAGGACUUCAGUGCUUAGUCACCUUUAAAUCUCCAAGGAAUUGUUAAAAAGCCCCUAUUUCACCUCUGACACUUUUCAUUUUUUUCAUUUUCGCAGAUUCACUUUAUUCCUACUGCAGCUGUUAAACCCAGAUUUAAACGUCAUGCAGACAAACUGACUUUUGACAUUUCUGGUAAAUUUAACUGUGAUGGUUAUAUUUCCUUUGUGUGCUGUCCACAAUCACCCUUUUUGUUUGUAUUUUGUUUUUGUUAUGAGUACACUACUGUCACUGAAUAUUAUUUCCAUUAUACAUAGUUUGCUGUAUGUUUCUGAAGUCAUGUUUGAGCUGUAUAUUUAUCUCUGGAUAAAUUUUUAGAGUGAAA